AUGGGGACUAUUAAGGAUAUUGAUACUCAUCUUAUUAUUUGUCCCUAUCAAGUGAUACAUUGUACUAAUAAAUGUGGAGAGAAGUUUAGGAGAGAUGCAUGGUGGGCACAUAUCACAAUAAACUGUCCUAAACGACAAGCUCAGUGCACAUAUUGUCUACAGAAAGGACCUCACCAACUGAUAACAAGCAGAAGCCAUCUCAAUAAGUGUCCUGAUCUCCCAAUCCAAUGCAGUAAUGAAGGUUGCGAUGAGAAGAUACCACGACGUUCACUAGCAUCACACAAUGAGACCUGCCCUAAAGCUAUCAUACCAUGUGAAUACAGUAACAUUGGUUGUAACGAGAGAAUAAUAAGAGAAGAGCUGGAGAUACACAAUGAUGAAGCGAUAACAAUACACCUACAACUAACAACAAGACAAAUGCGAUUGACAAACGAAAAACUACAAGACACAAACGAAGUGCUACAGGAGAAAAGUGAAAAACUAAAGGAGACAAAUGAAGAGCUAAAGGAGACAAAUGAAAUGCUAAAGGAGACAAUUGAAGAACUACAGAAGACAAAUAAAAAACUACAAAAGACAAAUGAAAAACUACAUGAGACAAAUGUAGAGCUACAGGAGACAAAUGUAGAGCUACAGGAGACAAAUGAAGAUCUGCAAUUGGCAAAAAAGACAAUACAAUCUCUACAAGCAGCACUACAAGAACAGAAAAAUCUAUUAACAGUAUCAAAAAAGGUGUUUAAAGUCAGCCAAUGUACACAGAGGAAAAAAGGGUGGUGGGGUCCAGGCUUCUACACAUCACCAGGAGGAUACAAGAUGUCACUACGUGUUGAUCCUUACGGCAAUGGUGAUGGUAAAGGCACACACAUAGCUUGCUAUAUUUACCUUGAGGCAGGAGAAUAUGAUGAUACAUUGGAGUGGCCAUUUCAAGGAGUAGUUACUAUAGAACUACUGAAUCAACUGGAGGAUAAGAAUCAUGAGAAAUAUAUCAUAGCAUUUGAUCAAUUAGUACCAGACGAAAGCAGGCAAAGAGUAUUUAAAGGAGAAAAUUCAAAAGGAUGGGGUACACAUCACUUUAUACCAUGCUCUAAAAUAAUGUAUGAUGCUGCAAAGAAAUGCCAGUAUCUUAAAGAUGAUAGUCUGUACUUCAGAGUCAGUGUAAAGGCUAGAGCAAAGACAAAGCCAUGGCUAGCAUCAACAUAA